CACGUGACAAGUUGAGUUCACUGAGCUUCUCAUCUUUGAAUCUCAACCGUCCAAUCUCCAGUGGACCCCAGUUAACAAAGCCAAUCACCCAGCUGUUUCCCUCGACCUUCAUUGCUGGCACCGUCUUAAUGGGUCACGACUCACUACAAGUUUCCAAAAUCAACCUUUCAUUGUUUUUCUGAAUCUUACGGUACACCCUCCCGUAGACGAACUUAUUCACUCUUAUUUAACUCACCGUAAUUUUUUUUUUGGCCGUCUCACGCGGUUUUGAUGGAGAGUGAUUCUCAAUCUCCCAAACAAGGAAACCAAAUCACGAAAGUCCAAAGUAAAACAUGUCUUUCUUUUAUAACCCAUCUUUCUUCGUCUUACUUUCCUUUAUCUCUCCAUUUCUGUGGAGAGACAAAGAAAAAAACAAAAGAACAUUUUUUAAAUAUCUUCGGUAAUAAAUCUUUUCAGAAGCUUCUUCAAUCUUUCUCCUUUGAACUAAAACGCGUUUUCUUCCUCUGAUAAUGCUGUCAAACGCCGUCGUUUUAGCGGCGGUCGUGUGGCUGAGUCUUCUAACACCGCUUACCGUCGGAAUACGGACUGGUCCGAGAAGGAUCUCGACCAACGGAGACGGCGGAAGAAAUGUGUUCAGUAAACUCGGUCCGUUCAUGGAGGCUCCUGAAUACAGAAACGGCAAGGAGUGCGCGUCGUCUUCAUCAGCCAACAACAGAGAGAGCUUUGACCCCUCUCUCGUCCACAUUGCGAUGACUCUGGACUCAGAGUAUCUCCGCGGCUCAGUCGCUGCAGUCCACUCCGUUCUCCGCCACGCGUCGUGUCCCGAGAACGUCUUCUUCCAUUUUGUCUCAGCCGAGUUCGACUCGGCGAGCCCGCGUGUGCUGAGUCAACUCGUCAGGUCGACUUUCCCGUCUCUAAACUUCAAAGUCUACAUUUUUAGAGAAGACACGGUGAUCAACUUGAUAUCGUCUUCGAUCAGACAGGCUCUCGAGAAUCCGUUGAACUACGCUCGGAACUACCUCGGUGACAUACUCGACCGAAGCGUUGACCGAGUCAUCUACUUAGACUCGGAUGUGAUCGUCGUCGACGACAUCACCAAGCUCUGGAACACGACGUUGACGAAGACACGUGUCAUCGGAGCUCCGGAGUAUUGCCACGCGAACUUCACGCAGUAUUUUACUUCCAACUUCUGGUCGGACCCGGAUUUAUCGGGUCAAUUAUCGGGUCGGACGCCUUGCUAUUUCAACACGGGAGUGAUGGUGAUGGAUAUGGUUAGAUGGAGAGAAGGGAACUAUAGGGAGAAGCUAGAGAAGUGGAUGCGGUUGCAGAAGAAGAAGAGAAUCUACGAUUUGGGUUCUUUGCCGCCGUUUCUGCUUGUGUUCGGAGGGGAUGUGGAAGCUAUUGAUCAUAGGUGGAACCAGCAUGGUUUAGGAGGAGACAACAUACGAGGAAGCUGUCGGUCUUUACAUCCUGGUCCUGUGAGUUUGCUGCAUUGGAGUGGGAAAGGGAAGCCAUGGGUGAGACUUGAUGAGAAGAGGGCUUGUCCUUUGGAUCAUCUUUGGGAGCCAUAUGAUCUGUAUAAGCCUAAGGUUGAGAGAGUUAAAGAUCUGUCUCUUCCCUGGUUUGCUUCUUUGUCGGAGUUGGCUGAUGAUUCAAGCUUUUUGUGAGAGGUUAAAGAAAAGUUUACAUUCUUUUUUUUUUUCAUGGUCUGUGUGUUACAAUUGUUCAGGUGAUUCUUUGAUUUCUGGUGUAUAAAUCGAACUAGAGAGGGAGAGAGAGGCUAAUGGAAGCCAUUGAUGGAGAUUAUUUUCUCAUUGUGGUGCUCUUCUUGUUCCCUAAUAAAACUCAUCUUCUUGAGAUUUUCCAUUUAGACAAUUUGGAUUGUGUAUUGUAGAAAGGAUUACCAAUCAAACACUAAUAAUGUGUACAUCAUGUUUGAAAUGGCGAAGAAGAAUAUGAUCAGUGCCUAGGUUUUUCAUGACAUUCAAUGUGUUGUUUAUCCUCAAGUAUUCUUGCAAUACUAAUAAACCUGGA